AUGACGACGACGGCGGAGGAGGAGAGCGACUCCAUCUCGCGCUUCGCCUCCCCCUUCGAGCUCAUCCGCAACUGCGACCUCCCUCCCCCGCAGAAGCUCUUCCCCGGGAUCGACGAGCCGGCGGCGGCGGCGAUGGCGAUGCCGGCGCUGCUGGUGGGGCUGGGAGACGAGAAGCGGCGCCUCCGAUCCUACGCCGGGGGCGGGGGCGGGGCCGCGGGCGGGGCCGGCGGGGACGGGAAGCUGGAGCUCCUGAGGGCGCUGCGGCUGUCGCAGACGCGGGCGAGGGAGGCGGAGGAGAGGGGCGCGGAGGCGGCGGCGGAGAGGGACGCCGUCGCGACCGCCCUGAUCGGGGAGGCCGCGAGGGCGUCGGCGUACCGGCGGUGGGCGUGGGUGCUCGAGCACGAAGUGGCGGCGCUGAGGUCGAGGUCGAGGCGGAGGCGGCGGUGGCGGCGGGGGGGAGGCGGAGAGCUCGGUUGCCGCUGCGAGAGGCUUUGCGGAUCGGCGGAGGAGGAGGCGGAGGCGGAGGAGGAGGAGCGAUGCGAAUCGAUGGCGUGGAUGGUCGCUUUCGCCAUCCCCCUGGGGAUUGCUGGUAUAGGACUAGCUUUGGCUUGUAGAUUUCUAAUUUAA